AUGCCGAGUGUCGUGCCGUCUAGUGGUGGGCCCACCUGUCCCUGCUGUGCGGCCGCUCUGACGGAGCUGCGAGCUGCCCGCCUUCAAGAAGCUUGGGAGGAGUAUCCAUGGAAGUGGUACCAUGUGGGGGAGCGACGUUUCUGGAUGGACGGUGUGCAAAUCGGCACUGCAAGCCGCGUGGCGACCGGUGCGUCUUCCCGCUGCUACAGCGUCGGCUACAAGUGGGCCCGCGAUGAGCCGUCCAGGCCGCCUCUGAAGUGGGAUUCGCAGGCCAUUGUAGCCAGCGAUGAGCCGUCCAAGCCGCCUUUGAAACGGGACUCGCCGGAGGCAGUGGCGCCGUCUUCCUCCAAGAGGUCUCGACCGCGCUUGCGCGAUGCGGUAUCCUCCAGCUCGUGCAUCGCACCGCCGCUAGCGUAUGACCGGCGAUGGGACGGUCCUGCCUUCCCCUUCCGGAGGGCCGGGCCGGCGCGGUGUCAAUGUAGCAAGCAAGAGGCACAAGGUCAGAAUGCAGCCCUACACCCCAACGAGGUCAAGACGGAACCCAAACAAGGUGUGGAUAUGUUCACGAGAGACCCGCUUGUCCAGGCUGACGUUCUUUACAGCACCCCCAGUGUAGCCCUGUGCUCCGGGCUGAUUGUUCUCUCGCAAACCCUGAUGAGCUACCUGAUCAGUCUCGGCAAGGUGCAUUUCAUUCCGAUCACGGGUGGAAUGCUGGUGGUGCUCUUCACAGCCAGCAGCUACGUGCUGUACCUGAACGGUGUGCUCAGCUUGCAGCGUGACUUGGCAGACUAUGCUUCGGCUUCGGCUUGGCUGGGCUUCUUGCAAACAUGUUCUUUGAUUGUCACUGUCGCCUUUAUCUUCAUCCAUCAUCACGACCGUUGUAAUGUCCAUCGUCAUCAUCAUCAUCAGCGUCAUCAGCAUCCUCAAACCAUUGGCAACUGA